AAUUUUUACAUCAACAGCUGCAUUUCAGGCCAAAGGAAACGGAUGGGAAAUGCUAAUGAAUCAAUUUUUCCAUACAGUCUAUUGAGAACUCCACUGUGCAAUGCAUUGAUAAAUUUUCUACGUCGACAAUAAAAAAACAGACAUAGCAAUUGUGACGACAAGAAAAGCAUAAAACAAAUCGAACGUGUGUAAAAGUGAAGAACCUUCACAUCAAAUGUCAAGUACCAUAUCAUCGAGCAAAACAGAUAUUUGUUUUCCUGUCGUUGAACAAACGCGAAACUACGCAACCUGUCACAAGACUUCCGGAAUUUAUCUACUCAGCGAUAUUUUUGACAACAGACAGCUGGUUCACCAAGUACAAAACAGCUAAAACCUUUGGAAGUGUCAUUUUCAAACAUUUACAAAGAAAAUGAAUCUUUACAGCGCUAUUUUUUAUCUCUGCAUCAUUGCAGCCGUUAGAGCAGAUCAUCCGUUGAAUAAAGAUGAAUGUCUUGAGUGGCAUAACAAGUACAGAAAAUUACACCAAGCACCGAAUCUUCAGUGGUCAACAAGUCUUGAAAACGAUGCUCAAAAAUGGGCCAACCAUCUCGCUAGACAAAAUAAACUUGAACAUGACCCCGAGAAUAGAAACCAGGGUGAAAAUCUUUAUGCAAGUUCAGGUGACGCUGUCAAUUCCUGUGAACGUGCUACUACAGCAUUUUACAACGAAGUGAAUGACUACGACUAUAAAAAUCCAGGAUUUAGUAAAGCCACAGGUCAUUUUACACAGGUCGUUUGGGUGAAUUCAAAACAACUUGGUGUAGGAAAGGCACAUACAGCUAGAGGAGGUACUAUACUUGUUUUUCGUUACUAUCCACCUGGAAAUUAUCGUGGACAAUUUAGAGAGAAUGUGAAGCCAGUCAAGCCAUCACGACGUACAGGAUCACCACGAUCUACAGGAUCACCACGAUCUACAGGAUCACCACGAUCUACAGGAUCACCACAACCUACAGGAUCCGCAAAAAACUGUCUUGUUUCUCGCAUGAUUAUUGCUGGACUUUUGUUGCUAAUACUACUUACAACACUUUGAAUAAAGAAUUCCAAAUUGUCGAAAAUUUUUGUAAUAAUUGUCAAUGAAGUUCGAGAGAAUUCAAAUGUGUUGGUUUAUA